AUGAGCGGGGCCCACUUUCAGUCCUUGGCCACGGUGUCGGUUUCUUUCCAGCGAUCUAUCUUCUCCUCCUUCUAAACCAACAAUCUCAUCCAUCCACCCCCACACCCACAGUGCUGCUCUGCGUGGUUAAAACCCUUGGGUUCGUCUCCUUUUGGCUCGCGGUGGAGUUCUCUGCUCUCAGAUUCCCUUGCUCCUCGCCCCAAUCAUCACUUCUAUUCUUCCCUUCUUCAUCUCCGACCUACUACUUGAACUGACUGUUCGUCAUGGCUUCCAACGAUUCCAACAAGGAUCUUCCCCCAUCUGGUUCGAGAGAGAAAACUACUAAACCUGAAGCAGCUUCUGCAGCAUCAGAGUCAGGGCAGGGAGGAGCUUCUGCUACACCAGGAGCAGCUUUUGCUCCAAAUCCUUUUGAUUUCUCAGCAAUGUCCGGCCUGCUUAAUGAUCCGAGCAUUAAGGAACUAGCGGAUCAGAUAGCAAAAGACCCUUCAUUUAAUCAGAUGGCAGAACAGCUGCAGAAAACAUUCCAAGGUGCAGCUGUUGAAGAGACUGUGCCUCAGUUUGAUACACAGCAAUAUUACUCUACCAUGCAGCAGGUUAUGCAGAACCCUCAAUUUAUGGCCAUGGCUGAACGCCUUGGAAAUGCAUUAAUGCAGGAUCCAUCAAUGUCCCAUAUGCUUGAGCAUUUGACAAAUCCAGUGCAAAAAGAUCAAAUGGAGGAAAGAAUGGCACGCAUAAAGGAAGACCCUUCUUUGAAGCCUAUUUUGGAGGAGAUUGAGAGUGGAGGUCCUGCUGCCAUGAUGAGAUAUUGGAAUGACAAAGAUGUUCUGAAGAAGUUGGGUGAAGCCAUGGGGCUAGCGGUUCCUCCAGAAGCAGCCACCUCAGCACAAAACUCUGGCCUAGAGGAAGCAGAUGAAGGUGGAAAUGAUGAUGAAUCUAUUGUUCAUCAAUGUGCCAGCGUCGGGGAUGUUGAGGGUCUUAAAGCUACACUAGCCUCUGGAGCUGACAAGGAUGAAGAGGACUCCGAGGGAAGAACAGCUUUGCAUUUUGCCUGUGGAUAUGGAGAGGUCAAGUGUGCUCAAAUCCUUCUUGAAGCAGGAGCUCUUGUCGAUGCACUGGAUAAGAAUAAGAACACAGCUCUGCACUAUGCAGCUGGGUAUGGGAGAAAAGAGUGUGUCGCUCUCCUACUCGAGAAUGGUGCUGCAGUAACGUUGCAGAACAUGGACGGCAAGAAUCCCAUUGAUGUUGCAAAGCUUAACAACCAGCAGGAGGUUCUCAAGUUGCUUGAGAAGGAUGCCUUCCUGUGAUUUGUUAGAUAAGCUCUCACGUGUUGUGAUAAUGCGAGUGCCAUCAGCACAUCAGUGUACCAAGAUAAAUUUGCAAUUGCUUUGUUUGACGAUGAUAGGUUGCUGAAUGAUUUACUUCCCUUGAUCUUAUGAGUUGUUGAUUAUGAUAUAUGUUGAAUUUGGGUAGUGUGGGUAUCAUUUUACUAUGCCUGGCUGUCGCCUUUCUUUUAACAAAUAUGUACAUGAAUGCCGACUUUGGUUCUGCCGUCCCUUGUCGUUCUGUAUUUUAGAUUCUUAUCCGGUUGUUGAAGGCGCAAUGGAGUCUAUUACUAUUAGGGUUUACUUAUGAUCUGCAAUGGCGAAGCUGCACAUUGAUUGAUUAAACGAUUGCCCGAG